GUCGUUGGUAUGGAAUGGGAGGCGAAGGCCCAACUUGGUUUACUCGUCAUACUGUUGGUUGCUAUUGGCGAUUUCUUGAUCGGUUCAUUGAUUGGACCUAAAAGCGAAGUUGAAAAAGCUAAGGGUUUUAUCGGCUAUAAUUUUACAAUCUUUAAAGAAAAUCUUUUUCCCGACUAUCGAAAAGAAAAUGGCGUACAACAUGAUUUCUUCUCGGUAAUAGCUAUUUUCUUCCCGGCAGCUACGGGCAUUUUGGCAGGUGCUAAUAUAUCUGGUGAUUUAAAG